AUAUUAUACUCUUUGUUUACCAUAUAAUCGUAGUGCGUCUUCAGCAGUCUAUAGAAUUAGAAUAUAGAGCAUCUUAAACAACUGUUCUCAAAUCUAAUCUCAAAUAUAUAGAAAUGACUGCAUUUUCUCUAGUGAAAUAUUUAAAGAACUGAUUUUAAUUAGUAAAUUCGCCAUAUUUGUAAAUACGGUACGUGAAAAUAGUUAAAAAUGUAUGCUGCAGCUGGAGGUGCUUCGCUGGCUUCACGCCAGGCACGUCAACGGCAGCGUCAACAGAAGAAAACUCAGCAAUUGCAAGCAAAACUACAUCCACCGAAAUUGUCAGCGUUAUCAGGUAGUGAACAUGGCGCUUCAACACCAACGCGCACCCAAUCACGUCAGUUCCACCAGCUGCCGACCAAUUAUCUGCGCACGCCACAAACACAGAGUAGGAAAUUAAGUACGAGUUAUACAACACAAUCGAAGCUUCUACUGCCUAUCGAUGAAGGUGAUAAUCAGUCAGUGUUACAAAUGCGCGUACAGUAUGUACAUACUCAAAUGCACCAUUCUCAUAGCCAUGCUCAUCCUAUUCAAGCACAUCAACAUCCUCACUAUCAGUUCGCGCAUCAGCAGCAUCAUUCUCAUGGAGGCAUUUUACCGAAGUUAGUUCACCGGCAUUCAGGCAGUGGUGCUAGCAGCUUUCAGCAAACAAAGCUCCCAAAGUCGGCUACAGCAACACUACCACUUGUCUCACAAAUGGAAGCUACGCCACCUACGACGCCAUUGGCUGCGGCCGAAUGUGCAAUUACCACCUCAGAAAAGGUGGUAACUAUACCUGUAGAUAAAACUUCCAUUAAUGUAUCUCACCAUGAUGCAAUCAUUGUGACACCGGCCACACCAAUGCCCUCGCCAGGGCACGUAGGUAAACCUGAACAUCAACAACCCAAAGCACUGUCCAAACCGUUUAGUAAAAUUGAGAGUAAUAAUAUAUCAGGAGGAACCAUUAACGAUGAGGAACACAUGAAAGAACCACCGUCUGCUCCAUUAGAACGCAAGUGCAGUGUAUAUCGUAUGCGACGAAAUGAUCCCUAUGAAUAUCAGGACGCAAACUUAGUUGGCGGUGUGGGCAGCAGCAUUAGGCGGCAGCUGAAGGAUCUGCAAUUUAAUCAACAACAACAAUACGAACCAUUGCUCAGCAACGAGUCUCAUCUUUGUUAUAAGGGGCUAACUAAUACACGUAAAUGGCAAGUGUGUGCCUACUGUGAGGAAGGAAUUUGCGUCUGUGAACAUAUCGAGUGUACACGAGGCCGCGCUGCAUGGCUGGAAAGAGGGCGACGUUGCAGCGUUCAAGAAGCGCAACAACAGGCAGCAUGUCAUCGUCGCUGGGUGAAACGUAAUCGAGUUCAGGAUGCAUCAUUAGCCGGCUCAUCUGACGAUGAAGAUCUCUUGGGUGUAUUACGAGGUCCUAGUACAUUUGCCAAUACUUUUCUUUAUGUGGGUCUUGGGACAAUAGCUUUGGGUUUGGUAAUAGCAUUUGUAGGUACAGGUGAAAAAGGAUUUAAAACAGUAGAACUUAGACUCAUUGGACCAUCGUUAAUUGGACUAGGAUUCGUUUGUUGUAUGCUGCGAAUACUAUUUUGUAUAUGCCCUUCUCACUGCAUUUCAACUAAUAAAAAAACUUUUAAGAAAGAUUGCAACAAAAAUGAUGCCGAUUAUACUACUUCACUACUCCGUGGAGAGGGCAAACGUGUUUCAAUAUCACGACGACCGACAUUACAGCCAAAAUACCCAAUUACACACAAACGUGGCAGUAAUAAAAUACUGAAUGAAGGAAUGGAAGCACUGAGACAAAUCGCGACUACAUCACUUUUUAUGCAGAAUGAGCAGAAAGCAUCAUUAAAUAGAAUAGUUCCAAUAAUCAAAGAGCCGGAAAAUCUAGGAGAGUCCACUCCCAAAAAAUCAGAGUGUUUAAGAAGAGAUGAGCUAGAGCACCCGAGACGCAUACAAAAUACCGAGUCAAAUAGCAAAGUCAAUUGCAAUGACGGGAAUAUUUCAAGUGUAGAAAGUAAGAUAAAUAUAACUGCCAUCAAUGCAAACACAACAUCAAUUGAAAAAUUCCCAAAUGUAUCUUCAAAAAAAACUUUAAGAGAAAACUCAAUCGAAAUGCCAGAAGUAUCAUUAGAUCAGCAAUUACCUUCCUUUACAACAACGCUAACUUCAGAACCUAUAAGCUCGAGUUCUUCUAGCAAAUUGUCACGACAGCGUAUUGCACUGAACAAUAAAUUGAUACCGGAAGUACAAUCGCACGCUCCCAUUGCUCCAAAUUAUACUAAGGACACCGACUUUCUAAUGGAAACUUCUUUGUCGAUCAAGCCAACAACAACAGCUAGCGAAGUAACACCUGCUUUAAUACAUGGCACUAGCUCGUCUACUUCGAAUAACACAUACAAUUAUUCUGGACUUACGGAUAAUGCAAGUACUGUAGGAGUACAUAAAACAUCUACAACGGCUACAGCAACCAUAACGCCUGCAUCAAUAGGGUCUGAACAGAAAUUAGAACAGAUCAAUAUACAUUCGAAUAUCGAAACAAGAACGAACACUGCAUCAAACGUUUCCACAAUUAUGUCACCAUGUGCAAUACUUUCAAAUAGUCAUACAUCUGUUUCCAAUACUCCUAUAACUACAAAUAUGUGCUCAAGGUCACAGUCGAUUUUUGUUCCAGGUCAAAUUGAAGAUAAUAUCACAACUAUUGCGGAGCCAGUAGUGAAUCAACCAGAGCCAAACAAUUUGCGUUUAUCAAAAUCGGGUUUUUCUAACGCCAGCUUUAUAUUCCCUUCUCCUCUGUUAUCCUCAUCCGACAGUGAAUCAGAUGGCUCGUCUGCUUUAUCACCUUCACAGGCCACAGUAAUACAGAAAAUUUGGGCAAGAGCGGAUCAAUUACCUGAUGCCAGUACUUCUACAAACGCAAUUAUAUCGCAUGAUAAUAAAUAUGUCAUGCCACAAAAUCAUCCAUUAAGUAUAAUGGAGCCAGAACUUUUAUUGAGUCCAGCAAAGCUUGGCCAGUAGACAGCACAUAGCACGUUCCAAUAAUGUAGGCUUGCUUCGGUUAAAGCUGUCUUUGUAUACUUACAUACCUACUUUUAUACAUCUUCAUUGCGCAACUCAACAUAGUCGUUAUCAUUAUAAAUAUAAAUAUGUAUAUGUGAUAGCCAAGCUGAAUCCCAAUUUUUCUUUAAAGUUUAGUUAAGCUUAAAAUCAGCUGAUAGUCUUUAUUAAAUUGUCCAACYCAUAAACAAUGUCAUCAUUUGCAGAACAUUUAAAUGCAGAGUGUGAAUAAAUGAAAUACGAAUAUAUAGUAUAUCUCCAGAUAUAUUUUAUACAUAAACAAAA